AUUAUGUGGAUGAUGUUACAUCAUCCCCUCUUUUAUAUUAUUCUUCUUAUUCUUCCCAUCGGGCAGAAUUCGAAACUUCCAUCUUGACGAGAUCUUCGAUGGUGGUAUGAAGAAGACGUUGUCUGGGCUCAAAUCCCUUUCUCCAUGGAACCCGCAGCUCUUCUUCGCCCUCCCUCCUCCACCCGUUUCCCUUUCCGCCUUCGAACCACCCCCCGACUCGCCCGAGUCAACUCGCUCUUCCCUCCUCCUAUCCCUCCCGUCCUUCGUCAGCCUCUCUCCUCCCUCCGUAUCUCCGGCCCCUCCCGUCUCCCCCGACGGCCACUUUGUAUCCGGGCGAAUCUGACGGCCGAUGACCACCAUCACCAUGAGCAUCAUCAUCAUCAGCAUCAUGAUGAAGAUGAUCACCACCAUCACCAUCACCACCACCAUCACCAAUACGGCUGUUGUGCGUCACUGACGGAGCUCACCGGACCUCAGAAGGCGCUGACUGGUUUUGCUAGAACCGUUGGAUGGGUUCGAUUGGCCAAUUUCCUCAGGGAGCACCUCCAGCUUUGCUGCUCCUCCGCCGCGUUGUUCCUCGCCGCCGCCGCUUGCCCUUACUUGAUUCCUAAACCCUACGUUAAGCCUCUGCAAAACGCGUUCAUGGCGGUCGGUUUCCCUCUUGUUGGAGUCUCAGCAUCUCUCGAUGCGCUUAUGGAUAUAGCUGGAGGAAAAGUGAACAUCCACGUCUUGAUGGCAUUAGCAGCCUUUGCAUCUGUGUUUAUGGGCAAUGCCCUCGAAGGAGGAUUGCUUCUGGCGAUGUUCAAUCUUGCUCAUAUCGCUGAGGAGUUCUUCACUAGUCGAUCAAUGGUGGAUGUUAAAGAGUUGAAGGAGAGUAAUCCAGAUUCUGCCUUGGUGAUCGAUGUGAACGAUGGUGAUGUACCCAACGUCUCUGAUUUAUCAUACAGAAGCGUUCCUGUGCACGAUGUGGAAGUUGGAUCCUACAUUUUGGUUGGAACUGGUGAGAUUGUACCUGUAGAUUGCGAAGUUUAUCAAGGUAGUGCUACCAUUACAAUUGAGCACUUGACCGGAGAAGUUAAGCCAUUGGAAGCGAAAGCUGGAGAUAGAGUGCCUGGUGGCGCUAGAAAUUUGGAUGGAAGAAUGAUUGUGAAGGCUACAAAGGCGUGGAAUGAGUCGACAAUUAACAGAAUUGUGCAGCUAACUGAGGAAGCACAAUCUAAUAAACCGAGACUUCAGAGAUGGCUGGAUGAGUUUGGCGAGCAUUAUAGCAAGGUGGUGGUCGUUUUGUCAGUUGCUAUUGCCUUCCUUGGCCCUUUCUUGUUCAAAUGGCCCUUUCUCAGCACUGCAGCAUGCAGAGGAUCUGUUUACAGAGCUUUGGGACUAAUGGUGGCUGCAUCACCAUGCGCUUUGGCAGUUGCUCCGUUGGCUUAUGCUACUGCCAUUAGUUCCUGUGCAAGAAAGGGAAUAUUGCUAAAGGGUGGGCAGGUACUAGACGCUCUUGCCUCUUGCCAUACUAUUGCUUUUGACAAAACUGGGACUUUAACAACUGGAGGCCUUAUGUUCAAAGCAAUUGAACCCAUUUAUGGGCAUCAAGCAGGAAAUAAUGCAAGUGUAACUCUGUGUUGCACGCCAAAUUGUGAAAAAGAAGCUCUUGCAGUAGCGGCUGCUAUGGAGAAGGGCACCACACAUCCUAUUGGAAGAGCUGUUGUGGACCACAGUAUGGGGAAGGACCUCCCUUCAGUUUCUGUCGAAAGCUUCGAGUAUUUUCCUGGCAGAGGGCUUACUGCUACUGUCAAUGGCAUUGAGUCAGAAACUGGAGAAGAUAAAAUGCGGAAAGCGUCUCUUGGUUCUGUAGAAUUCAUCGCGUCACUCUGCAAUUCUGAAGAUGAAUCUAAAAAUAUUAAGGAUGCUGUAAAAGCCUCUAUCUAUGGGAAGGACUUGGUCCACGCUGCUCUUUCUGUUGAUCAAAAGGUAACAUUGAUUCACCUCGAGGACCAGCCUCGUCCAGGGGCUUCAGCAGUUAUAGCAGAACUGAAAAGCUGGGCCAAACUCCAGGUAAUAAUGUUAACUGGUGACCAUCAGUCGAGUGCCUGGAGAGUAGCAAACUCGGUAGGGAUAAACGAGGUCUACUGCAAUCUGAAGCCAGAGGAUAAGCUUAAUCAUGUGAAGAACAUCUCACGGGAUGCAGGAGGGGGUCUGAUUAUGGUAGGAGAAGGCAUAAAUGAUGCUCCAGCACUUGCAGCUGCAACCGUAGGGAUUGUUCUUGCUCAACGUGCAAGCGCCACCGCCAUAGCUGUUGCCGAUGUCUUACUGCUCCGUGACAAUAUCUCCGGCGUUCCCUUCUGCGUCGCCAAGUCCCGUCAAACAACUUUUCUGGUGAAGCAGAACGUGGCUCUUGCAUUGUCCUCGAUUUUCUUGGCCGCCCUUCCAUCGGUAUUAGGGUUUCUUCCUCUGUGGUUAACGGUGCUUCUGCACGAAGGAGGGACGCUUCUUGUGUGCCUCAACUCGAUACGAGGGCUGAACGAUCCGUCGUGGUCGUGGAGACAGGACAUUUCUCAUCUCUUCGGCAAGUUCCGGUCUCAACCUCCUCUGUCCCACCCAAGAAUCUCCUCCACCAUUACUUAAACACAAGAAGCCCGCCGAAGCUCUGUUCACGUUUUAGGUAGAGCCUCUGUUUUCUUUUUGUUUCUCAAAAUGUUUUCAUUGUGCAGGGAAAGAAAAAAGCAAGCAAAGAAACAAAUUGCCAUCAUCGCUGCUUGUAUAAUAAGGAUAUGAACAUCCAACAUAUAUAUAUAUAUAUAUAUAUAUAUAUAUAUAUAUGAUUUCUUGUUUA